AUGUCUAUCGCAAAGUACAUCAUCGCCGGCCUCACCGCCAUCGCCAGCGUCACCGCCGUGCCUCAAGGCCCUGGCGCCAACAAUGGCCACCGCGGAACUCCCACAACCAUGAUCACCGCAACGUCCAGCGCCCUCGACAUCCCAACGAUUGUUCAACCCCCAUCACCACCACCAGCUGAUACCGCCGCCGCCUCCGCAGCGGCUGCCUCUGCCUCAGCGCUCGCUAGACUAGCCCUCCAGGACGUGACGAAUGUCGCCCGCUUCAACACCCUAUUGACUGUUAAUGGUGAGGGUCAAGAGCUGCUUCCAGAGGAUGAGCUCCGUGAUCGCGUCGUGUUCGAUUUCGGUGCUCGGGCUGCGCCGCUGGGAGAGGGAGGCCGCUUCGUCCUUGCGAAUGCGAAUAAUUUUCCGAUCCUGGUUGAUCAGGGGAUUGCUACAGCCGUGGGGUUCUUGGAUGCGUGUGGUAUGAAGAGUCCUCAUACUCACCCCCGCGCUACCGAAUGGCUCACCGUAGUCCAAGGCAAGCUCCAAAGCGGCUUUAUGCUCGAGAACGCUUUCCUGGCCAACCGCGAGACCGGCCAACUCACCACACAAGUUCCCUCGGAACUAUCUGCGUUCCAGGGUACCGUCUUCCCACAGGGCAGUAUCCACUUCCAAUUCAACCCGACUUGUGAGCCUGCUACGUUUAUUGCGACGUUGAACUCGGAGGAUCCGGGAACGAGCCAGGUUGCGCAGAACUUCUUCUUCCUGGAUGAGAAGAUUGUCAACAUUACAUUGGGCGAGGUGCAGAGUAUUGAUGGGAGCAAUAUUGAAGAGUUUAGGGAGUUGUUGCCGGCGAAUCUUGUGCAGGCUGUGGAUAGUUGUUUGGCGGCUUGUGGUAUGUAA